GCAGCUCCAGAUCUGACCGGUGCAGUUGCAAGGUAUUUAUUUCCACUGUAUUUUAGCGAAGACUACAGGGUGCAUUCGCUUGAUUAAUGGGGUUUAUAUCGAGGAGCUGAAACCACAGAGAUAUCCCCACAGAGAGCUGCUCUCGCGUUGCUCGCUCAGCCCCUCUGAUGACACUUGGCUCGGCUCUCAUCACAACAUCAUCGGGGCGUUUCAGGCAAUAGAAACACAGCGGCUGCCCUCCUCUUCUCCAUCUCGGCGUUUGGUCCAGCCCCGGACGGGACAGCGGCUUCUUUUCAUACAGACCUCAUAAAAUGUUGAUGAGGUGAAGAUGAACAAACCCAAAAUGGCCACAGAGAAGGGUGUUCCCAGUAACUCCCGGGUGCUGAUGCUCCUGGGUCAGCUGGAGCGGCUGAAUGGAGAGGCCAUGAUGAGGGAUGUCGAAACAGCGAGGCAGGUCACCACGAAGAUCCUUCAUCUCAUACAGACACAGGAGAAAAGUGGAAAAGAGGUCAUGUCUAAAGGCUCCAGUGGUAUGGAGGUCAUCCUGGCUUCACUGGAGAGCUCCAGAGACGUCCAGACCACCCUGAACAUCAUGUACAUCCUCAGCGAGCUGCUGACUGUGGGUCGAGGUCGUAGGGUGGGAGUGUUUGUGUCCAAAGGGGGUACAGGAGUAUUAUUCCAGAUUCUCAACACUGCCAAUAAAGACAUGCCUCCCAGUGAAGAACUCAUGCUCCAGCUCCACUCGCUGCUGGCCAAGGUUGGACCAAAAGACAGGAAGUUUGGAGUGAAGGCCCGCUUGAGUGGAGCCCUGAACAUCACGGUCAACCUGAUCAAACAGAACAUACAGAACACCAAGCUGCUUCUGCCCUGUCUGCAGGUUCUCAGGGCUUACUCUACCAACUCGGUGAAUGCAAUUUCUUUGGGCAAGAACGGAGUGGUGGAGCUCAUGUUCAAGAUCGUGGCGCCGUACAGCAAGAAGAACACCAGCCUGCUCAAGGUAGCACUGGACGCACUGGGAGCACUGCUCAAAUCCAAAACUAAUGCUCGCCGUGCCGUGGACGGCGGUCACGUGCCGGUCAUGCUUGCUCUGUACCUGGACUGGCAUCGAAACGACACGCGGCAUCGCUACAUGCUGAUUCGCAAAGGCUUCCUGGUCUGCCUCAGGAAUAUAACCAACAUCAAGCUUGGCAGGAAGGCCUUCAUAGAGGCCGACGGCAUGAGGAUCCUCUACAACUCCUCCACCGAGUGUCUCCCCGUGCGGACUCUGGAUCCUCUGGUCAACACUUCAAGUCUCAUCAUGAGAAAGUGCUUUCCCAAGAACCGGCUGCCUCUGCCCACCAUCAAGUCGGCGUUCCACUACCAGCUGCCUCACGUGCCGGCCGCCGGGCCCGUGGCGCAGCUCUACAGCCAGCCUCCCGGAGGAAGAACAAGGCAUCACCUCGGCAACAAGCCCUUAAAGAAGGUGGACGACGUGGUGGACGAGAGUGACGAUAACGAGGAGACGGAGGCGGACACAGACUCCGAGAACGAAGAGGAUGAGAAGGAUCACGGCACUGCGAAUGACGACAUUGAAACGGAUCUAAACAAGCUGCAUCCCAAGAAGAGCCCAAGCCGCCUGUUUGAGGAGUUGAGGGUGUACGAGAGGUUCUUCUUGGAGUUAUCUGAAGACUUCCAGGGGUAUAACUUCGACUGUUCAAAGAGCGCCUCCAGCACCUCGUCCUCGCUCUUCUCCUCGUCGUCAUCCUCCACCCGAUCCACGCGUACCAUCAUAGUGCCCACAGCCCAAGCCCUCUCCCCAAAGCACGACCCCAAACCGAGCUCUCCGGAGGAUCACAACUCCUUCAGGGGCCAGCGCGCCGAGCCGCCGCCGCCGCCGCCGUGCGGCCCCUCCCCCUCCCUCCCCCCUCCUCUGACACCCCUCCAGCUGGACACCAUCCACCUCACCAAGGACCAGGACCAAAAAGAGGAGGCCGGCAUUCCCUCCCCAGACGGACACAAGACCUUGUCGCCCUUCGCCAGGCCUCCCUCUCAAGGGCAGGUGAUAGAGCAGAGCCUGGCGCGCUCGCUGGAGUGCGUCUCCCUGGAGGAGGAGGGCCGUCUGAACGCCGAGGAGGCGCUGAAGGGCGUCAAACAAGAGGGAUCCCCGGUCAGUGCCACCAGGCACAUCCAGUCUCCCCUGCUCCUCGGGGGCAUCGCCGCACGCCGGGUGGGAGGAGGAGGAGGCAGCAACUGGGGUUCAGACUGCGGCUCGGAGGGCGCCGAGGACGAGUCGGUGGAGGGGGCCGUCCUGGAGGUGCCAGACACGGCCCUGCUGCUCCCGCUGCACGACCCCGACCUGUACGUGGAGAUGGUGAAGGGGACGAACUCGGUCCCGCAGUACGCCGAAGUGGCCUACCCGGACUACUUCGGCCACGUUGCCCCCACGUUUAGGGAGCCUCUCCUCGACAGAGUUUACGGUGUACAGAGGUCUAAGAUAUUCCAGGACAUCGAGAGGUUGAUUCAUCCCAAUGACAUCCUGGAUAAAGUAGUUUACGACCUGGACAUUCCCAGUUGUCCUGUGAUUGAAGAUAAUGGUGAAUCACUGAAGUUCAACUCUCAGUUUGAGUCUGGUAACCUCAGAAAGGCCGUCCAAGUUAGAAAAUAUGAGUAUGACCUGGUGCUGAACUCAGACAUCAACAGUAAUCACUACCACCAGUGGUUUUACUUUGAAGUGAGCGGCAUGCGCGUUGGAACGAUGUACCGCUUCAACAUCAUCAACUGCGAGAAGUCAAACAGCCAGUUCAACUACGGCAUGCAGGUGCUGAUGUACUCUGUGCAGGAGGCGAUCAGUGGCCGGCCUCGCUGGGUCAGAACUGGAACAGACAUCUGUUAUUACAAGAAUCAUUUUGCCAGGAGUUCCAUUGCAGCUGGUGGCCAGAAGGGAAAGUCCUAUUAUACGCUGACCUUCAGCACAAACUUCAGCCAUAAGGACGACGUCUGCUACUUUGCCUAUCAUUACCCUUAUACAUACUCCACACUGAAGAUGCACCUUUCCAAACUGGAGGCUCUGAGGACGCCUGAGAUCUACCUUAGACAGGAUGUCCUGUGCGAAACCCUGAGUGGAAACAGCUGCCCGCUUCUUACCAUCACUGCCAUGCCGGAGUCCAACUCCAAUGAUCACAUCUGUCAGUUCAGGAAUCGUCCAUUGAUCUUCUUAUCGGCCCGAGUGCACCCCGGAGAGACCAAUGCCAGCUGGGUAAUGAAGGGCACGCUGGAGUUCCUGAUGGGUCCGAGUCCGCUGGCAGCCAGCCUGAGGGAGGCCUACAUAUUCAAGAUAGUGCCCAUGCUCAACCCCGACGGAGUCGUAAACGGAAAUCAUCGUUGUUCUCUGAGUGGAGAGGACUUGAAUCGCCAGUGGCAGAAUCCCAAUCCUGAGCUGCACCCCACCAUCUACCACACUAAGAGCCUGCUGCAGUACCUUGCACACAUACAAAGAGCACCGCUGGUGUUCUGUGACUACCACGGCCAUUCUCGAAAGAAGAACGUGUUCAUGUACGGCUGCAGCGUGAAGGAGACCGUCUGGCAGUCCAAUAUUAGCGCCACAUCCAGCGACUUGCAGGAGGACCUUGGAUACAGGACUCUUCCUAAGAUCCUGUCCCAGAUUGCCCCGGCCUUCAGCAUGGCGAGCUGCAGCUUCGUGGUGGAGCGCUCCAAGGAGUCCACGGCCCGCGUGGUCGUUUGGCGAGAGAUCGGAGUGCAGCGCAGCUACACCAUGGAGAGCACGCUCUGCGGCUGCGACCAGGGCAAAUAUAAGGGGCUUCAGAUUGGCACCAGAGAGCUGGAGGAGAUGGGCGCUCAGUUCUGCAUGGCUCUGCUGAGGCUGAAGAGGCUGACUGGCCUCCGCAACCACCAGCACCUGCUGGAUCUGGAGAGCGAUAUCAUCGGGACGCAGUCUAAAGUGGUCAGCUGCCCGACCACCUAUGUGAUGGAGGAGGACGAGCCGUCCUUUAUGGAGGCGAUAGACUACAGCGCGGAGAGCAACGACGAGGACGGCGAGCCAGAAAACGAGCACGCCGGCGAAGUCCACGACAAUCCGGACCACAUCGACCAGUUGUCUGACUCCGAGAAUAAUCAUAGAGAGUAGAGCCGAGGCGUCGGGUUGGUGGCUGAUGACGCUGAAUUAGUCCAAAGCCUUUGACUUUGAGUAGUGGAGAAAUAGCUGAAAUUCACACCCAAACCUGUUGUGUAGACACCGUCUGAUGGUAUGUUGGCACCCUUCUGGAGCUUCUCUUGGCCUGAUGGAGGCGACUCGCUGCUUCUUAAGGCGUGCACUUCACCUGGUUUCCACCUCAGACAAACCGAAAUCAGCCACAGUAACGAUCCUGAUGGUUUCCAGUGAAUGUUUUAACCUCUUACCGCCACACUAUAACCUUCAUGACCUAUAGCCCUUCAUCUCGGACACCGUAUAUAGCCUCUGAGAUUCACAUAUAGCGAAACCACGGCUGCAGUCAGCAGGCACCGUCGAUGCUCUACUUGAACCCUUAAUUUUUACAUUUUUUUAAAAAAAGAAAAUCACAGCCACUGUUACAGUGACGCUACUUGAUAAGGCUGUGCUAGUGUUACAUUAGGAACUCCUCUCCGCCGCGUAUGAAAUUUGGCGCUGCAGGUGAUGAGGGGCGCUGGAUCUCCCAGGCUGCAGCCCAGCUCAGAGAUCCAGCCCGCCUGCCUUCUUCCUUCCUGUCGUUUCUUCAGUCUUACCUGGCACUUUAACUUUUUACUUCUUCAGCUGGACUCACGGCCUUCCUCAGAUGUGACUUCACCUCCCUCUACUUUUAACCUGUUUCACCACAGCGCACAUCAGCCGUGUGCUUGUUGCCUUGCUUUAUCCAAGACUGAAAAUAUUUAUACCACACACACACACACACACACACACAUUGAAUGUUCACGUCUUUAUAUAGACAAACCUUGUACAAUACACGAAAUGCUGACGUAAACAUCACAGGCGAACAACACUGAAGCGGAACGAUCGCGCUCAUUGGUAAAUGAAGUGGAUGGAAUGUACAGUACUUACAGGCACUGUCGCUGUUUUAGAUAAUAAACGGUAUCACAGAGCAUCCGCGAACAAGACGCAUGAGCUGCUGAGAGCCGAAGACCCAGCUGCACUUUGGAUCCACGCUACGAACGCGGUUUCCAAAUCUCAUCCACGGUCACCUCAUUAGUUUGAAGUUCUCAGAGCUCAACCCAAAGUUGAUUGUAACAUUUCUUAUUGUUU